AUGAAAAAUACAACUGAAAGAGAAAAGCCACACUAUUAUUUGCAUUGGGCUUUACUAUUUCUAUCUUUUUUAGCUUGAAUUGCAUCAUUUUUCUAUACAAUUUUCUACUUCAACGAUGCUGGCGAAUAUUGAAAAAACUGGCUAACUAUUUUUAUCAUGAUAAAAGUUUAUCUUCUUAUUGAAGUUUUUUCUAUAGUAGUGGUUUGUCGCAGAAAGGCUAAAAAUGAGGUACGAGCUAAAUCUUCUAAUCAGCCUCUGCCAAAUAGAAAUUUCUUUGCAAACUGUGCCUGCCCUUGCAAGCUUGAAAUUUGUAUCAUUAUAAAUUUCAUUAUUUGGGUUACUCUAUUAUUCCUAUCUAUUUUCCGCUUUGACUGUUCUUUUAUCUUUUAGUAUUAGUUUUAAUGCGUUUUCACUUCUUAAAGAUGAUUUAGUCGUAGCCCACCCUUUAAUUAUGAACAGUGAUAUCAUGAGGAAUCUGCUUUGUUGCUUUUAUAUCAGAGGGAUAUUUUAUUUCUCCCAAAGGUUUUUACUGUUCCUAUCAGAUGGGCUUGGCAGGUUUUGCAUCUCAUAUAGUUUUAGAUAUAGGGAAUAUUUGGUCACGCUACAGAGGGUAGAUCUAACCUAGGAUAAGCUUAGUGAGUCUCGCAAGAAAAUUCAAGAGGGUGGAAUUUUGAUUUGCCAUUCCGCCUUUUUCACUCUGAUAUAGGCUGCCUUUCCUUAAGUCAAGGGAUUUCGGCUGCAUAAAUCUUAGCCAAAAUUAUAUGGUUAUUCUUUUAUCAGCAGCCAAGCUCAUGAAGAAAUAGUUUUUGUGUGUGUUGUUUCUUACAUUAAAUUAAGAGCAGCAUUAGAAUUAUAUGGAUUUAUUAUAUUAUUUAUUGAAACGAAAGGAAGAUUUUUAUGUGAAAUUAUUAACCCAGCAGUCGAAUUAUUUAGAAAAAUAUACAAAAGUAAGAAGUUUGCUGAAAAUGAUAGAUCGCUAGCUCCACCUUCCUUGAGAGAACAAAAAAUUUUGGAAUUUUGAAAAAAAAAUUCGCAAAAAAAGAAUUAAUUUCUCUCUAUAAGUGAACAAAUUCCCAAGAUUUCAUUAUAUAUUUAUAAAUUUUAUAUUAAAAUAAAUUUUUUGUUCGCUUAUGGGGGUAAAUUUUCAGGGAUUUUUCCGAUGAUUUUGUUAGAUUAUGGAGGGGGAGCAAGUAAUUCAAAUUUAAAUGAAGAUAGUCGGUGCACUCGCGAUAGUUCGCCUGUAAUGAAUGAAAAAUGUUCAAUGAAGAAGCAGCAUUCCAUUAAUGAUUCUGGGGAAUGGCUCACAUUUCGAGUCUAA